GUGCACAAGUUGUUGUCAUACUGUCUAUGGUUGUUGUGAAGCUGACAACCUUCCUUCUUAUAUACUGUCUAUGCAACCUUCUUAUUAUACAUCCAUGACAACAACCUCGGAAUCUAAAGUGAUGGCUGAACCCAGAAUAUCUUCCAUUGAUGGGAAGUUAGCUGAAGAAUUUGCUGUUCCCUCCCAUGUCGAGGAGGUCAAAGAGAAGAUGGCUGCUUUCGCCAGGUAUCAUGAUGCAGCGGGUCGCAGGGUGGUUCUCAUAACAUCAGGAGGCACCAAAGUUCCCCUAGAGUCUCGCACUGUUCGCUUUCUCGAUAACUUCAGCAGCGGCAGACGAGGAGCCUCCUCAGCAGAGUAUUUCAUAGACUCGGGCUACGCGGUCAUCUUCCUACACAGGCAUCGCUCUCUCUACCCCUACACACGGAUGUUCUCAACCAUAAACAUGCUGGAUGCCCUGAAGUUCAGAGGUGGAGAAGGAGCAUCCAGUAACUCUGGUGAAGUGGUGGUUAACCAGCAGGUGCUUCCUAACAUUGCCAAAGCACUAAAGCGAUACCAGGAAGUGAAAGAAGGCAAACUACUUCUGCCCAUUGAGUUCAGCACUCUGUCAGAAUAUCUGCAUCUACUCAAAGCAGCAGCACAGGCACUCAGCACAAUAGGAUCCAAGGCCAUGUUUUACUUGGCUGCAGCUGUAUCUGAUUUCUAUAUACCAGCAUCUGAGAUGCCUGAACACAAAAUCCAGUCUUCCAAUGGACCUCUUCAACUCAGCAUGAACAUGGUCCCCAAAAUACUGUCCCCACUGGUGAAGGACUGGGCAUCUCAGGCUUUUGUCAUAUCUUUUAAGCUUGAGACGGAUGCAACCAUCCUGCUGGACAAGGCUCGGCGAGCUCUGGACACCUACAGGCACCAGGCGGUAGUGGCCAACGUGCUGGACUCUAGACGGGGUUAUGUGGUGGUGGUGACCCGUGACACUCAGGCUGAGCUGAUAGUCACAGAGGAGGAUGUGAAGAAUGAGGUGGAGAUAGAGGAGAGGAUAGUGAGCAACCUGACAUCGGCACACAACAAGUUCAUAACUCAACAAGCGGGUUGACAGUUAUGAUCUAUACUGCAUGUUUGAGUGAAUGACACGGCUAUAAGUUGUCUGUCCUCUUACCCGAUUCAGAGUUUAGCUUAAAUUAAUUUGCCUGUUCUGCUGACAAGUUUCUGUAUAUUCAGUAUGCUGUAUGGUUGCAAAACCUUAGGAGUAAUAACUAUAAACACAUGCCUUCCCUUGUCCUUUAAUGUACUCUAAAAACAGGCAUCUAAGCUUAUAGUGCAUUCCAUUUACCUCGGAAGCUGGGAAUGACGUCACACCCAAGUUGAAUGCGUUCCAUUUAGAAGUCGGAUUUUCAUU